ACACGCACACACCACAAUUUCAUUGCCCGGGUGCUUCCCGAACUCCAUCUCCAUGUUCCAUCCAUAAACAGAGGAACACAAAAUCAUUCUAUUUCCACCAAAAUUGCGAACACAUGAACAAACCAACCAACACAUAAUUGAUUUUACUAUUCUCCUCUAAUUAAAACAAAAACACACACACACCCACAAAAUACUCUAAAAAAAAAGUGCACCUAAAUAAAAGAACAGAAGAGAUAAAAAUGGCGACCACACCUUUCUCUCUCCUCUCAUCUUCUCUAACUAUCACUACUUCCGACCGCUCACUAUCGCCUUGUAUAAGCUGCUCGUCGUUCAUCAAUGGCGGCGCCAGCAUUUGCAGCAGCAGCAACCUCAGUUUUCGGUCCAAUUGCAAUUUUGUUACUCUUAAUUUACCGGCGUAUCGGAGAAAUGCUCAAUAUAGUAAGAAAAACCGAUUGAAUUCGAGGUUUAUAGUGAAAGCUGCUUCGUCGGAUUAUUAUGCAACAUUAGGAGUUUCUAGGUCUGCUUCUGUUAAAGAUAUUAAAGCUGCUUAUCGAAAAUUAGCUCGUCAGUAUCAUCCUGAUGUCAACAAGGAACCUGGGGCAACAGAUAAGUUCAAGGAGAUUAGUACUGCUUAUGAGGUGUUAUCAGAUGACAAAAAGAGGGCUCUGUAUGAUCAGUAUGGUGAAGAUGGACUGAAAAGUGCAGUUGGAGGAGGAGCUGGUGCUUAUACGACCAAUCCAUUUGAUCUGUUUGAGACUUUCUUUGGAGCAAGUAUGGGUGGAUUCCCUGGGGCAGAUGCUGCAUUCGGAACACGGCGUCGUGCUACUGUUACAAAAGGUGAAGAUAUACGCUACGACAUGACUUUAGGAUUUUCUGAGGCUAUAUUUGGGGUAGAGAAAGAGUUCGAGUUAUCACAUCUAGAAACAUGCGAUGCUUGUGCUGGGAGUGGAGCAAAAGCUGGCUCUAAGAUGAGAAUAUGCUCGACUUGUGGAGGGAGGGGUCAAGUGAUGCGAACUGAGCAGACACCUUUUGGUUUAUUCUCACAGGUAUCUGUAUGUCCAACUUGUGGCGGCAAUGGUGAAGUUAUUGCUGAAUAUUGUCGCAAAUGUGCUGGUGAGGGACGAGUUCGCGUAAAAAAGGAUAUCAAAGUCAAAGUUCCUCCUGGGGUCAGCAAGGGUAGUAUUCUCCGGGUUACUGGAGAGGGUGAUGCUGCACCAAAGGGGGGUCCCCCAGGUGACCUUUAUGUUUACCUUGAUGUUGAAGAGAUACCAGAUAUUCAAAGAGAUGGUAUAAAUCUUAAUUCAGCAAUUUCUAUCAGCUAUGUAGAUGCCAUACUGGGAACUGUUGUGAAGGUUAAGACUGUCGAAGGGACCAUUGAUUUGGAGGUUCCACCAGGUACUCAACCAGGAGACGUCCUUGUUCUUGCAAAGAAGGGUGCACCAAAAUUGAACAGACCCUCCAUACGAGGCGAUCACUUAUUUACUGUAAAAGUUACUAUACCAAAGCGCAUCAGUGUUCAAGAACGUGAAUUGCUUGGAGAACUUGCUGUUCUUAGUACCACAAAAGCUAACCGUACACGUCCUCGUCCUCAACCCCGAGCAGCAGUUGAAGCGAAGGAGACUCAGGCAAGUACUGAUACUGAGGAAAGCGAGGAAUCAGGAGACGAGAGCGAUCCAUGGAAGAAAGUAAAAGAUUUUGCUGGGUCUGUGGCAAAUGGUGCUCUGAAAUGGCUGAGAGAUAACCUGUAGUUGUGAUCGCGACCUCUGAUUCACAUUGUCUUGUGAGCAUGCAUUUUGAAAUGCCUCUAAGAAAGCAGCUGAGAAAGUAAGCAUAUCUUGGUUGCUUGACCAAAGAGAUUGGCUGCAAUUUGGGCAAUUCUUUGAUUCUUUUGCGCAGUUUGUAACCUAAGGUGCCUUUUUUUACCUACUAUAAUGUAAUGCGCAAAUGUAGAUUGGUAGACCUUUUUUUAACAGGGAAGUACAUUGAUUGAUGAAAUGGAGAGUUACAUCCGCUUGGUAUCCGCUGCUUUGCUUAAAUUGAAUGUCGAAAAAUCUACUUGCAGAAAUAUCUGUUAUCUCCUAUGAGAGUAGAUUGGGGCAUGUUUCAGUAUCAUUUUCAGUUUUCAA